AUGAACCCGAAGAUGCGUCCAGCCUGGGCGAAGAGAAUGUGCGAGUUGCUCCGUCCAUCUCCUCGGGCCAACCUGAUCUGUUUGGAAUUUCCCACCACCAAACCGGCCGAAGUGGGUGGUCCUCCCUGGGCAUCACCCCCCAAGGCCUACCUUGAGCACUUGAGUCAUCCCGGCGAGGAAGUCAAGUAUGACGCGGAGGGAGAGGUCAAGAUGAACCCCCUUGCUCCAUCCAGUCCUGGUGCUCUUGAGAGGGUUGGUCAUUGGCACCCCGCUGAUACGCACAAGGUCGGGAAGGAUGCCGAUGGCAAUGUAGAGGAUUACAUAAGCGUCUGGCGGCAUCGGUAA